GUCCUUCAAUUCACAAUGACAGCUGUUGAGGUACUGAAUGUUAUUAUUUCCUGUUGGAGAUAUCACCUUUUGGUAGGGGAAGAGCACACAAGGAAUCCAUUCAGGUUGUGAGCACAGGUUGUGAGUUAACUUAAGCAAGCUAUAAACUUCUGCUUAAGCUUUGUCCUGAUUUUACACUAAUUAUAUGGAUAUUCAGGCCUGUUUCUGUCAAAUUCAGUGCUAAUAAGAUUCUCCCUAUCCUUGAAUUCAAAGCACUGGAACAGAUUAACAGCCAGUUUCAAUUCCUAAUUGAAAAAUAUAUCAUUCUCUCUUUGAAAUUGCACCACUUGUGCAGGAAUUAGCUUCAGGAGGCUAAGCAGUGUCAGGGUUAGAUUGUAACCAGCCAGUUGUCACACUGAAGAAAGUGGUGGACAUCUCAUUUAAAUUAUUAGGGCUUUAUAACCACGAUUCAGAGCACUUAAGCACAGCAGAAAGAAUUUUGCCAUCCUGCUCAUGGCUGUGGAAUUUACAUUCCACUGUAGACUGGGCCUCAGCUAAACAGGAGAUCUAAACAGAGGACACCACGGUGACUGUCUCUGUAAUUAACUUCCACUAAGUCCCUAUGCUUGAGUUGAUCAAAAUCUCAGUUAAAACCCAGUCACAUCUAUGGCUUCUGGAACAAUUAUUGAUAAUCCUCAUGGCUCAACACAAGAAAAAUCACUGCCAACUUCAAGUAAGGACAAAGCCACAAGAUUGAAACGAUAUACAGUUGGAUUUGCCAAGCAGGCAUGAAUGGGACAGCCAUUGAAAAUUUUGUCUGUGUCAUUUUUAAUGUUUCCUUCAUGAACUGUACCUGGGAUGUGGGCAGGACUGCUACAGAAGAUACCCAAUAUUUCCUGUACUGGAGGCCCUCAGAGAAUGAAGAUGUCACAGAAUGCCAAAAUUACGUCAAAGAUAACUGUGGAAGGCACACAGGAUGUCGAUUUCAAAACGUGACAAUAGAAAAUAAAUAUGCUUAUUUCCUGGUAAAUGGGUCCAGAAGCAGACAAAACAUUCAGUCAUAUUGGGAGAAGAUAUGGCUGUACCAAAUUGAAAAACUCACCCCUCCAUUAAAUGUCACAGUGAACUGUACAGAAGCUUCUCAUAGUUGCAAUAUUUGGUGGCAACCACCCCGCACAAGUCAUGUGAAAAAAAGUAGUUGUUUCAAAUAUGAAAUUGCCAUAGAAAACAAGGCUGAUGUUGAGAAAAAAAUCAAAACUGCAUCUAAAAGAGAAGAAAUCGUUGAAAAUAAUUCCUACCUCUAUGAAAGCUUCAGCUCAGGUAAAAAGUACAGCAUCAGAAUCAGAGCAACAGACGCGGGCUUUUGUUUCGUAAGCCCAGACUGGGGAGAGUGGAGUACGCCUGUGGAAUUUGGCAUGAAUGGGUCAGCCAUUGAAAACUUCUCCUGUGUGAUUUAUAACAUUUUCCUCAUGAACUGCACUUGGCAGGCAGGAAGGGAAGCUCCAGCAGACACACAGUAUUUUCUCUACUGGCAGAAGUCAAGAGAUGAAGAGGAGAUGGAGUGUGAGCUUUACAUUAAAGAUGAAAACUGCAGAAAUGUGGGAUGUAUCUUCCAAAACGUGAGCAUAGGGACUGAAAAAGCUUAUUUCCUGGUGAAUGGGUCUAGCAAAGACUCCCUGAUUCAGUUCUAUGAUGAGUACAUUGACUUGUAUAAAAUUGAAAAGCUCAUGCCUCCAUCAAAUAUCACAGUCAACUGUGAUGAAAUUAAAAAUGAUUGCAUAAUUCAAUGGCAACGACCCCAAAUAAGUCAUUCUAACAAAGACUUGUGUUUUAAAUAUGAAAUUAGCAUAAAGUAUAAGGAUAAUCCUGAAGGAAAACCCAUAUAUACUUCCAUACAAGAAGGGGGAAAUAGCAACAUAUUUCUAAGAUCCAAUACAAGAAAAAAGUAUGUCUUGAAAAUGAGAGCAGCUGGAAGUGUCUGCUUUGUGAACCCAGCCUGGGGGGAAUGGAGUGCACCCGUUGAGUUUGGAAAUUAUGAAAUUAUAUCUCCUUCAGUAUGGAUUUUACUUGGGGUGGCAGUUGUGACACCCUUAAUGGCAAUCAUCACUUUUUCUUUUUGCAAAAGGACUGGCUGUUGGAAGGCAGCAUUUCCACAAAUCCCAGGACCAAAACCUGAUUUUUUUACAGUGGCUGAUACAAAUCCAGAGCUGAUGGAGAACAAAAUUCAGUCAAUAGUAUCUGAAAAGGAAGAGAUAGUAUUAGUUGCUGACAUCGUGAGAUAACCAAGAAAAAUGGAGGAGUUUGAAAAUGCAUUUCUUGCGCAAUUGUAUAUUCCUGUGGAAAGUCUGGAAUAAUAUAUAGGCUUUCUUCACUUUCUUCUUUUUCUUGUAGAAAACAGCAAUGCAGUCAAGAGAGAAUGACGCCUCACAUGCAAUCUUUUUAAAUGCCAUUGUAUUUUCUUUUAGUUUUGGCUAAUUUUAACUGUUUGGAUAAAUUUUCCUUAUUGGAUAUCUUCUCAUUUGUAAAUAUGAUUGAAAUAUUUCAUUCAGGAAGUUUUAGUUACAUUUCAACCUUAAGGAAAAAUAAUUGUUUUUCUGUCCCAUAUU